UUCGAUAACAUCAAUAAAGCCAAUAAGCUUCUUUCUCGUGGCAUCGUUGCUCUGAUUGGCCCAAUGACAAGUGCAGCCAUCCCAGUGAUUGGACCUUUAACAUCAGCUGCGCAUGUGCCACAAAUUUUACCGCUGACAAGUUGGGAUACCUCGGCUUUGAACUCACAAGAGUAUGGUUAUCUAGUACGCAUGACCCCAUCAGAAAAACUUAAGGCCAAGGCUUUGGUAGAUAUUAUCAUCAACUAUAAAUGGAAGAAAGUUGCUGUUCUUGGUCUUCGUGGCGACGAAAAUCGAGAAUAUUCUCAAGGGAAGAACGCUUUUAGGAUCCUGGCUGCCAAGCACGAGAUCGAUGUACCCCUGGACCGUCUCUUCCCGCCACACCCUCAKAAGGAAAAGAARCUGSUUCCCUUUCGUGAGCUGUUGUCUUUAGCCCGAGCGAAUUUGCGUGUCGUAGUGGUAUUUGCACCAGUCUGGGCCGUCAAAGAACUUUUGUUCUUCGCACGAAGAACCAAAGGCCUCGUACUUGAAGAAUGGGCAUGGAUCUUCUCAGAUCUCGGGAAUAAUGACAAAGAAUUGAUGGGUCCCGUCCGUGUCACUCCACCAGACAUGAGAGGACUUAUUGGCUUACGAACGGCCAUUGGCAACCCAAAGGCAUUCUCAGUCUUACAAGAAACGUUUGAUAAGAAGACGCAAACGUUUAAUCGGACUACUAAGAUAACACCGUCAGCUGGCUACGUGUAUGACUCGGUUCUUAUGGCAGCCAAAGGAAUCCAGAACGCUUUAAAAGAAAACAUACAGUUGUCAAUAUCGGGGUCCUCAUCUCCAGGGAUUUGUUUAUCCAACGAGCCAAGCAAGAAGAAAACAAAUGGUCUCUAUGACAUGAUCAAAAAGGUCCUAAUACCAGGGUUCAUGAACAGUGACUUGAAAUUCGAAGAGACAGGAGAACCAAGAAGCGCCACGUAUGAUGUUGUCAAUGUAAGGACUUCCGGUUCCGUCAAGGUUGCUGAGUGGAAUAUUUCCAAGAACAAGCGUCUUACCACGCUUAAUGGCACCGAUGUUGUGUGGAUGUCCGGCAACAACAAGAUACCAUUUGACAUACCAAACUACCUUAAAAACAAAACCGUUAAYGUGGUAUCUGUCUUGCUCCGUCAGGGGGGACAACAUCCUGCCUCCUUGUCAGGCAAAAUAGCGGUGUUAGUAUUCUGGUUUGCUACAAUGAUAUUCAACGCUACGUAUACAGCCAACCUAGCCGCACAUCUUACUGUGUCCCGAAUGCAGACCCCAAUUGAGAGUGUGGAGGACCUCGCUCUACAGACUAAGAUCAAGUAUGGUACUCUAAUGGACUCUCAGCUACAGAGAUUCUUUCUUAAUACAGACGUACCACGAUUCCUAGUCAUGGGUCAGUCCAUGGACCAACAAAACACGUGGAUGCCUGACUACGAUACAGCRAUCAAACGAGUCAUGAAUGACAACUUCGCUUUCAUCGCCGAUCGACCCAUACUAGAGUAUAUCACACGGCAGAAGAAGUACUGUGGCAAGCUUAAGGUUAUAGGGGGUGACAAGAAAACGGUUUGCAAGAAAAAUGGGAAAGGCAGACGAUGUAAAAAGAGCAAAAUAACCGAAAGUUGGGANACUAAGCUCUUUAAUAUGGAAAUAUUUCGACUGCAAAGGGAUCUAAUUAUCGACAAGUUGAUGCAUAAGUGGUCGGAAAAAGAAAGCUGUGAGGCCGUGGAUGAUAAUUUGAAACAAGACAACGGCAAGAGAGGGUCGACCUUCGUUCAGCGUGUACGUCUCAAGGACAUGCUGGGUGUGUUUAUUUUUAUGGGUAUCGGUCUUGGCCUAGGGCUGAUCUUCAUGAUCUUCGAAUGGACUUACGCUUGUAUAAGAGAUGUGGCCACCAAACAGGGGCCAAAAAGCUACAUGCAGGCGCUCGGAGUACGUCUAGCACGCGUGUGCCGUGAUAUCUUUACAAAGAAGAAACUCGAAGAUGACCACGAAGACGACCGAAGCACUAACGAAGCCACUCCGAUUCAAAUCCCGCCGAGGAUUCCCAGCCAAUGGAAGAUGCGAAGUGCCGAUUUACGUCAAAUAAGGCCUUCGAUUGACGAGAUGAAGGGCUCUGUUCAUGAAAUCGAUUCUUACGAGGUUAAUGUGUAGUACURGUUGCGGAAGUUGUAAGGUUUCUUUUUAAGCGUUAGUUAUUGCCGCACCUUUAGUGAAAAGGGCCAAAUCAGACGUCGCAUUCUCCAUGUACCAAGUAAAAACUAUUUAUUUUGGCAUGGUUCGGUUCAUGAAAUCGAUUUUUACGAGGUUGAUGUUUAGACUUGUUGCGAAAGUUGUUAGUUUCGUUUGCCUAGUUUAAGCGUUAGUUAUCGCCGCGCGAUGUGAAGAGGGUCAGAUCAGACAUCGCACUCUCCUUGUUCUAAGUAAAAACUAUUUAUUACGGCAAGGUUCGGUUGAUGAAAUCGAUUCUUAUGAGGUUGAUGUUUAGACUUGUUGCGAAAGUUGUUUCUUUUGCCCAGUUACAGCGUUAGUUAUAGCCGCGCGAUGUGAAGAGGGCCAMAUCAGACGUGGCYUUGUCCAUGAACCAGGUAAAAACUAUUAGMGCACGACGAUAACAGAGCUAGUARUUCCCUAAAACAGURGAAUAAAGUKCUGCAGUCCUUUUUCCGAAUAGUCUCCUUCACGGUUACCUGCGCCAUCUUAUAAYGUAGCCSUAAUAAAAUGAGGGUUACCUCCAUUGCCACGACAAUUUCAGAAUGACAACAUUUGAUGAUACUGCAAUCGUCAUGAUAAAUACAGUAGCCAUGGCAACAGACUGAUGUCUAGUACAUCACCAUGACAACACUUACACUAAAAAAGAGUCCGAUGACCUGAGCAUGCCUUUACAUCGAAGCGAGACGACCGUUGAGCGUGCAAUGAUAGAUAACUGCGAAUAAUUGUCUGUAGGUGUCAGAGAAGACUUCUAUAAUUGCACGCUCAACGGUUGUCUUGCUUCGAUGCAAAGGCACAGCUACCUUUCAAGAUGGCGCAGGUAACGGCGAAGGUGAAUAUUCGCCGACUUCCAGUAUGUAAAGUUGUGUUUCAAUCCCCUCUAUGACACCUUAAUAGUCAAAUUUUGUUUCACCGGUUUAAAGAUUUCAAUGUAUCCAAUAUAAAAUCACAUUGAUUUCAACGUAUAUUUAUUUACUUGUAUUUAUAAUAUAUUAAAUUACAUACAUGUUAUUGUAUAGAUAUUUCAAUUUGAAAAAAUAUAUCUAACUAUAAUGAAAA